UAUUCUCCUCCUGACCUCAGUGCUGCAAUCCGCCUCCAGUGCCUCAGGCACCAGCAGCUCCUGCUGAGAGCCGUGUGCCUGGGCAGAGACACUCCUCAGGACUGUGGGAGCCAGACGCCUUGUGCAGAAGAGCUGCACCUACCAGGGUGCCCAGAGGGUAGGCUCUGCUCUCGCUCACCGCCUCCUCCCUGUCCUCCUGGAACCUUCCUCACCAGAGCGGGUCCCCAUGACACCCCCCUCUGCCUCCUCUGCCCUCGAGGAUUCUUCAACCACUGGCCUGGCCAGGAUGCCUGUUUUCCCUGUGGUUCCGGGGCCACCCAGCCGGAGGAGGGCAAGGACACUUGUGUCUGCCUGGGGCCUGGCCGAGUGUUCCAGCCCAGUGAUGGGCAGUGCCCCUGCCUCCCAGGCUACCAAGAUGUUGGAGAGCCGUGGGGCUGUGUCCAGCGGGAACACAGGAGCUGCAAGGAUGGGGCCACCUGGAACCAGGAGGGGCUGUGUUUGACCAAGGAUCAGUGGAGUGACCACUGUGCCCAGGAGGUGUGUGCCACCCCAGGAGAUGCCCGUGGCUACGAUCCAGUCCUGGGGCUCUGUCUGUGCUGGGGACAAGGCUCAAGUGGAACGUGUGGUCCCCUGUGCCCCGAGGGAGAGAGACAUGUCCUGCAGCUCAGCUGCUCUGAGGGCAUCCCACAGAUCUCCGUCCCUGAAGGCACUGGGAGCCAGGAAUUCUACCUUCUGGACAAGCCUUCCUCACCACGUGCCGUAGGCCAUCCCUGCAACUCAGACCAAGGGCAUAAGCCUGUCCCUCUGUAUGUGGUCAGGAUGGAUGGCUUUGGGUUCCUGGGCCUGAUCAGACCAGGUCACGAGCUGCUGCACGCCCUUGGCCUGCUCUUCGAGGAUCCCAGGGCCCCAGGCCACGACACCGGAAAGUCGAGCGAAGGACAUCUGACCUCCCCUUGGUCAGGGAGCCCCAACUCCACGCACCGUGGGCAUCUGUUGCCCCCAGAGCCUGGCAUCCGCAACCCCACAGUCUGCCUCCAAGUCAAUGAUACACUUGCCUUCCUGGUCACCCGUGAGCAUUACCCGGAGUAUGACCUGGGCCACUUCUAUAACACACUGCCGGGAUUUGACUGGGGACGCUUCCGGGCCCUCCCUGAGGAGUCCCAGCUCCAUGAUCGAGAGCCCUACCUCUUCCUGCAGCAGUUCCAGCAGCCCGGGGUGUAUGUCUUCCGUCUGAGCAGCAACAAGCAUCGGAAGAUGUACCUCCGCACCCUGCCGCCCGGAGGCCGGUGCUUCGGAGAAGGGCCCUUUGCCUCCACGACUCCCAGGUAUCUCAUCCAAACCGGCAUUGCCAAGAUCCCCAGGCCCCCGAAGAGGUCUGACUGGCCAGAAGUCCUGGGGGAGAUGGUCCUGCUGCUGGGGUUCUGCCUGCUUCUGUUGAUUCAGUGUCACAGCCUGAGCUGGGCCCGGAAGGCCACUCCCAACCCCACCUUCCGGAAGCAUCAGCAAGGAUACAACCUGGAUGCCUACACCUCCCCAAGGCCUGGGAUGACUUCAGUGAGGAGAGGUCGAUCACACCAAGAUUCUGAUACCCCCAGGGUUGAGGGAGAUCACGGUGGGUGCUGGGAGGCCGAGGAGCAGGUAGACCUGGAGUGGUUUGACCCAGAAUGCUUCUUUGCAAUCCUGCUCAGACAGUCUCUGUCCGUGACAACAAAACUCAGCCAGACCAAAGAAGAGCUCAAACUCCUCUGCCUCAGACUCGUGAGUGAAGCCCGUUCUCUGCGGCAGCUGUGGGGGGCUGGGCGUCGCACCCCGGCUUCUGUGGGCCAGCGUCUGGGGAGUCCCCCGAAGGAGCUGCAACAGGCUGCAGAGGCCGCUGCCAGCGCCGCGGAGGAGGAGGCCGGGCGCAGGGGGCGUCUGGCGGGCCAGUACGCGGCCAGCCUCGAUCACCAGCUGAGGCUCCUCCGCCAAGACCUCGGGGCCCGGCAGGAGCAGUGGGCGUCUUUCUGCUCCGAGCUGAUGGCGGCCCGGCGGCUGCUGAAGGCCCAGGCGGGCUCCGGGCCCACGAAGUCCUUCCAGACCCGGCCGAAGCCAGAAGGGGAAGUGCCCCCCCUGGAUGCUGCUCUGAGCCGCCUGUCCCAGGCUGUGCUGCAGGAAGGCCACCGCCUGAAGGCCUGGGGUGUCCUGGGUUCCGGCACCGGGGCGGAACUGCUGCGGCCAGCAGCCUCAGCAGACCCUCAUGGGGGCAUCCCGGACAUCAGCGUGAAUCCCGUUACCAAGCUGAUGGUCCCUGGCCCCAACUGUGCAAUGCUUCCAGCCAGUGGCCAUGCAGGAUCCGUACCCCCUGGCUACUUCAUCCACCCCAACACUGGGAAGGUGCUGCCUGAAGCUGGAAAUCUGGGGUACGAUCUGCAGGGAGCUACCCUGGUGCCCACCACUGACUUCAGUUCCGGUGGCAUCCGAACGUCAAAAGCCGCCAUCCUCCCCUAUGUGCCCUACCCAACCUGCCCGGCCACAGGCUCCCCUCCCGCCACCCACCUGCCCAUCCUGCAGCCGAGACGGACGUCACAGCUGGGGGCGCUCAUGACCGACCCCACAACAGGCAUCGAGGUGCCUGUGCUGGCUGUGACUCUUCAUCCUCAAACCAGGCAGUGGCUCACUCUUGGGGGCACAUACUGCAAUCCUCUCACCAAGACCUUGGCCCCCCUCGAGUUGGGGGGCCCCAUGGAGGACCCAGUCACGGGAAGCAUCUCGCCAAUCCUGGGAGUCGGGUUGGAUGAAAACACAGGUCAGGUGCUUGCCCUGGGGGGGCUGCGAGAUGCCUCGGGGAGCCUUAUGCUGCCUGGUGACUGCUUCGAGGAGCCUCUGAGCGGGAAGACGGUCCGGCUGCAGGGAGCUUCUCGGCGGGAGGGCCAGACAGUGCCCCACAUGGGAGGAUCACAGGCCCUGCUGGACGCCAACGUGUUGAUGGCCCAGAGACGAGUGGUUGCCAUGCUCCAGAGCUACUGGGAGAGGCCGGGGUCGAGGACACAGAGGCUUCUGGAGGCUACCAUCAAGGACACGAGACAGGCACUGGGCUUGAGUCUGCACCAUGCCCUGCAGCAGGCUUGGAGACUGGAGCGGCAGCUGGGGACAGCAGAGGCCAUCAUGGCCAGCGGCGGGAGGAUAGGGACAAUGUGCUAUCCUGGGACAGAGCUGUGGGUCCCGGUCCUAUAUGGGAUGGAGAUCCCAGACCCUGAGGGCUCAGGGCUCAUGGUGCCCAUCCUGGGCAUGGAGACUGAUGGGAAUUCAGGUGAUGCCACACCCCUGGCAGGUUCAAUGGAAGAUGCUGAUGGCAAAGGUCUUAUCCCAAUCUCGAUUGGGGCUCAGGCCAUAGACCCCUUCACCGGGGAACCUGGUCCUGUCAUUGGUGCUCAGACAGACCCCUCUACCGGACUGGUGGUGCCCAUCGUCCAAGGGCUGGAGGCCCUGCCUCGGGGAGUGAGAGACCCUGGUCUGCUGGACACCUUGGAGAAGGAGCUGAUAGCCCGGGAGCAGUACUGGCGGUGCCAGGAGCAGGAAGAGCUGCAUCUAGCCGAACGCCUGGGGCAGCUGAGUGUCGAGCUGCUCUCAGUUUCUGGCAAAGACGCCCGGAGGCAGGUGAGCUGGGGGGCUGCUGAGGAGGCCCGGGCAGCGCUGGAGGCCAGGCGCCUGCAGGAGACUGAGAGGAGAGCCAGGGCCCUGAGCACCCAGCGUGGGCCCAAGCGGAGCCUGCUCUCUCCAAGGUGGGCAGACAGAGAGGAGUGGGAGCAGGAGGCACAGAUGAUGCUAGGCGUGCAGAAAGUUCUGCGGACUUUAGCACAGACAGCAGAGAAGCUCAGGCAGGCGGGCGGCCGGCUGCGGGGCCAGGAGCAGGAGACGUGGCUGCAGCAGCAUAGGAGUCCGAGCCCGCACGUCUGGAACCGUCCCUGGAAGGUGGCUGAGCGUCUCUCUGAGGAGUGUCGGGAGGUGGUAAGGCACAGACAGAACUUUCUGGAUAGGGCCCUCGGCCUCCUGCAGUACCAGCGGGAGCUGAGCCGCCUCCACCUCUUCCACACCCAGAUCAUUGCGUCAGGCUCCCCUGCAUGUUUGGAGAAUUACCCUGGAGACAGAUUCUAUGGAAAGAUCACCCCUUCUCUCAGGGACCCGGCUACUGCUUGCCCGCUCCUGAUCCCCUUCCUGAAGAGCGUCACUGCGGUGCUACAGGGAGCUCAAGGCCGUGGCCCAGGCCUGGGGGACCAGGGGCCUGCAACAGAUGCAGAUAAAGCUGACAUCAUGUGGACCUCACCACUCCUUUCUACCCUGAAGAAAGUAGACAUCUGGUCCCAAGCCCUCAAGGAGGAAGCUGAACUACAGGGACAGAUGCGUCACCAGCUAGCCCCCAAAAGCUCUUUGCAGGAUGUCCCAAAACCUCAGAUAAUGCAGAAGGAAGAGCUUAUCAUUGUGCAACCCACAGAUCUUUCUGCCAGGGAGUUUGUGGUUUACCAGUAUGGCCUCUCUGUCCUGCAUCUCCUCAUCCCCCAGCUGCAUGCUCCUGAAAUCACCCUGCAGAUUGCCUCUCGUCUUCCAGCAAUGGAUGCCUCAGAGAAUGCCUUCCAAGGCUCCUUCUUCUAUCAGAGCACUGGAAACACACUGUUUGUUGGGAGAGAGUCUUUGGCGUCUGUGGGAAGUUUCAUUCUGCUGCUGAUCCAUUGCUUGGCCCACGUCGCUGCCGAGGACUUCCGCCAGGACACAAACCCUGCCUUUCUGAGGUCAUUUUACAAGGGCCUGCGGGCUUAUUUCGGGGAAGCAUUCUCUACCGCUCUGCGAAUGUCCGCUGUCUCCUGGGACAGUAAGCUUGACCAAAGCAUGAGCGCUGCUCUGUUAGAUGAGCAGCCCAUCUCUGAAGGAGGAAGAGAUCUGCUCUCUACGCUCCUUGAAAGGAAGUGUGAGUCUCACUUGGAGCCAGAGUCAUCAGAAGAGUAUAUUAAGAGAAACAUGGAUCUUCUCCUCUUCACCAAUAUGGAACAUUUUCUAAAAUCCCUCCUCACUGCAGAACAACCGAUCCCAAGAAAACCAAGAGAACAGUGUGGAGACGAAGAGAAGAGUGGUGACCUUGCAUGCCAAGAUCCAGAUCAGCAACUAGCACCGGGAGAAAUAACUGAACACUGACUUCAGCCUGGGCCCCAGUCCACUUUAUGUAAUGUUAUCACCCAUGUCUGGGCUGGAAACUACCUUUAAAACUUUAUUAAAAUACAACACAGCUUUUAAAAGCGCACAUAUCAUAAAUGCACUCCCCACAAGUCAUCUAAAGUGAACGUUUCCAUGUAAGCCACAUCAAGAAAGACAACAUCACCAGCUUCCCGGACGCCCCCCCACGUCCCGUGCCUCAGUCAUCAGCCUCCCGGGAAUAACCACUGACCUGACUUCAGACAUCAUGAGCUGUUUCUGAAUAUUCACAAACUCCACAUGAAUAGAAUCACAAAUAUUGGAUUACUUUUUUUUUUUUUUUGCUUUUGCUCAGCAUCGUUUGUGAGGUGUGCCCAGAUUGCUGCAUGUAGUUGUGAUUUGCUGAUGGUCUUUGCUAUAAAUCAUUCCAUUGUGUGGAAAUAUCCACAUGCAGUCUUUCACUACUGAUGUGCCUGUGGGUAUUUUCCAGUUUGGGGUUCUUACGAGUAGCCUUGUGCACCUUUUGGUCACUGUAUGUGACUGCACCCAACAGGCAUUACCUAGAACUGGAAAUUCUGGAUCUUAAGGGCUGGACAUUUCCCUCCUUAGCACAUAGUACCAAUGGGACUUCCAAAGUGGUUUAUGCAUAUGGACUGCCACCAGAAGUGGGUAAGAGUUCUCUGGUCACUCUCUGCUUUUAUCAGCACUUAGUAUGUUCCAUCUUUUUUAUUUUGUGCACUCUUCUGGGUACAUGGUUUUAACUUACACUUUCCUGAUGGCCCUGAAACUGGACACCAUCCAUACGUUUGUACACCAUUUCAGUGUCUUCUCUUGAGAAGUGCCAGUCAAAUGUUUAGCCCAUUUUCUACUGGAUUCCCUAUUUAAUUGCUUUGUAGGAAUUCCUUAUUCUGCAACUAUUUUUCCUCAUUUGCAGAUUGUUUUUUCAUGAAAAUAACUACAUGUAAUAUUUCUUUUUCUGCUUUAUUUUUUGAUCUAGAAAGAAAAUGGUGAUCGUAUUUCAGUCUGUAUGUUUAAAAGAUGUUAAAUGUGGAAAUAUGAUACCUAAUAAGGUUAAUAAGAGAAUUUUUAAAAUUCUGUAACAUUGAUGUGCCCAUCACAUAAAUGUAUACUCUAACCUCGGGUGUGUAUAUAACAUAACAGACGUUAAUAUUUGGCGCAGAGGGUAACAUGCAUUCAAUGGGACUAAAAGAUGA